AUGGGAAGCCACCAGGAAUGUCAACCGAAUUGGAGUCUCUGUGAGACAGAGAAGAUAGGUCAGAUGGAGAGAUACGAAUUCGAGCCAUCUCUCAGCUGUACAGCUCUAUACAAGGACAAGUUAUCACGAUGUUUCCAUUUGGCAAGUCCUAUUCAAGAUGUGUCUUUCGGAGCCAAACUUCCCAUUCCUUUAGUGACUGGAAUCUUCCUAUCCCCAUCCUUUGAAUCUGGGCAGACUAAACCUGUACUUAGUAUCGACAUAUCCUUGCCAACGGAUAACAACAAUGCUGCUGUAAUGCAGCUACUGUUGAGAAGUACAAGGGAGGUUUCUGACGAGUAUUACGUUGAUCCGUAUUAUGAGAAAUUUCCUACCUGGAGACAGUUUCCAGUACAUUCUCCCAAAAUAGCCCGAAGGGAGAAGAGUACCUUCCGCAGUACUUUUGGAAAUCUCGACACAUGCAAUGUUCGUUGUACUUGGGGAAAAUGUGAAGUGUUUCUGAACCUCUAUUUGUUGACUAUUACAAUAUUUACAUCGUCAAGACAUCAAAAUCUACAGGGGCAAAGUAUAACCUACCAAGUUACAUCGCAUAAUCGUCGGUAUUUGCCUGAUACCCAAGAAAAUGAAUGGAAACCAAAUAUCAUGACAGCGGUUCUUCCAGAACAUCGAGGCAUACAUGUAGUUUUUGAACCUCUGCCCUUUCGCUUUGUAACCAAUAACACGUAUUAUAAAAUCAGUCUCCAGGACUGGGAGACAUGGGAGGUAAAAUUGAGCACGACAGUAAAACAUAACAAGGCUGGUGAUGACAACCAUUGUAUUUUUGAUUUCGAUGAACCUGAUGGUGUUUAUGAAGUUAUGAUAGAGUAUAUGAACUGCAACAGCUGUCCAUUCAAAACAUGGGUGAAAUCGGCUGACUUCACCCUUCCAGAGUAUUCAAGCCCACAACCAUCGCUCAUUCCUAGAAUAGCUAUUCCAUCGGAUCACAGAAUUGAAGUUGGUGUCGUUCUCGGAUUACCUGUUACCGUGAUACUCCUUUCUGUCGUCGUGGUGUUUUGCUAUCGCAUAUUCAAAGCACGACAGUUGAGGAAUAGAAAUCUUCAAGAAGAAAAUUUAUUCACAAACAAUAAUCUGGAAAUGACAUCCACACAACAUUCUGAUCAAGAUACGCAGUUAAAUCUAUUGGCUGAAAAACUUGAAACAUUUUGUUAUCCCGAUGGUUGUAUAGAUGACGUCAAGUGA